AUGUUAACUAAUCAAAGAGGAAAAUCGCGAUUUGAUUUAAAUGCCAUCAGACCGUUCAGAUAUCCCGUUCCUGUUGUGGAACCGAUUCAUUUUUGGUCCAAAGCACCUAAUUCUGAGAUAAGUGCUGCGAGAAAACAAACGAUAAUCAAGAUUGUAGUCAUCACUGUUAUGAUGUGGGUAUUAUUAUUUCUUGUUGCUUGCAUAUUUAUCGGUGGUGGUCAUCAAGUACCAUAUAAUACCAAACAUUUUCAUGUUAUAAUCAUUGAUUAUGAUCAACAACAAGCUGGUACGGUGCUUGUACAAUCGUUUCAAAAUUCUCCACCACGUGAACUAACAUUACAUUGGAUUUUUACAUCGCCAUCAAAUUAUAAUCCGAACUAUCCAAUAUAUGAAGUAACACACGGCAAGGUGUGGGCAGCUGUCAGCAUCAAACCUGGCACAACUCAGUUGAUCAAUUCAGCAAUCGACUCAGUAUUUAGUAAUACGAUAGCAAUGUCGGCCAUAUCUGUUCCACCUACUGUUGAUAUUUUCUUUCAAAGCGGGCGUAGUUUUGCCACAAUGUUCCAAUUUAUUGUGCCACCAAUAUUAGCCGCUAUUGGACGAGCUAAUGGACAAUAUUCACAAAUCCUUGAAACACGCUUAAUUCAACAGUUGAAUGCAAUGUCAUCAUCAUCAUCAUCAUUAAGAGUUUCAUCAUCUAUACUAAAUUUAUCUGCAGUAAGUUCGAAUCCUAUUCUAUUUACUCUGAAUGAUCUCGCUCCAAUUAAACAUAAUGUUGGUCAAGCAGCUUCUACCAUUGGCUAUAUUUUUGUUUAUUUAUUAGCCCUGAUAAGUGUAGCAAGUGCUAUUGGUAUAUCUAAAUCAUUAAGUGGAAAAAUUCGUAUUUUUGAUAUUGUCGUUGGUCGUUUGCUGAGCGGUGCAUUUCAAGGUCUGAUUGUUAGUCUGAUUUAUGCACUGAUCGUCUUAUGGUUUUAUGGUUAUCCUAAUUAUGGUCAAUUUGUCCGUUAUUGGAUGUUUAAUUGGCUCUUCUUUCUAACGUUUACACCCAUUGUUGCACUACUAUUUAUUACUUUAGGUCCUCUAUCAAUUUUUAUUCUAACACUGUUUUUCAUUUUAACGUUGAGUACAGCUGAUCUACUUGUAAACCCUGAAUUGCAACCGAGAUUCUUCAGGGUCGGCUACGGUCUACCGUUCUAUCAUGUUAUGGCUGGUGCUCGACAUUUAUUAUUCGGUUCAUAUUCAAAUUUUAAGGCAGAUGUUGGAUGUUUAAUCGGAUGGUCAUUUUUUACAACGUUUCUGGCUGCUGCGGCAGACACUUAUUACUUACACAAAGCCCAAAAGAAAAUACGACAAAAUUUGAUUAAAGAAAAACAAACAAAGAAAUAG